ACGUUGCGGCGGCCGGGCGGCGCAGGCAGCUAUGGCGGCCCCGCUGGCGGCGGCGGCGGCGGGCGCCGGGGCGGUGCCGGGGCGGGGGGGCCGCGGGCCGGCGCUGCGGGAGGGGGCGCGGGUGUCGGCGCUUUGCCUGGCCUGGUACGGGCUGAGCGCCGGCGGGAACGUGGUGAACAAGCUGCUGCUGGGCGGCUUCCCGCGGCCCGUUACCGUCUCGCUCUUCCACAUCCUGGGGCUGUGCGGGCUCCUGCCGCCUCUGCUGCGCGCCUGGCGGGUGCCGCCCGCCGGCCCGGCCCAGCUGCCGCCCCGCGCCUAUCCCCGCUACAUCCUGCCGCUCGCCUUCGGCAAGUACUUCGCCUCCGUCUCCGCGCACGUUUCCCUCUGGCGGGUCCCGGUCUCCUACGCGCACACAGUAAAAGCGACGAUGCCAAUAUGGGUGGUUCUUCUUUCGCGGAUCAUAAUGAAGGAAAAGCAGACGACGAAGGUGUACUUGUCUCUGAUCCCCAUAAUUACUGGUGUCCUGCUGGCCACAGUCACGGAACUUUCUUUUGACAUGUGGGGACUCAUCAGUGCACUUGCUGCUACUCUGUGUUUUUCACUUCAGAACAUCUUCUCAAAGAAGGUAUUAAGAGAUUCCCGAAUACAUCACCUUCGGUUGCUGAACAUACUUGGGUGCCAUGCUGUAUUCUUCAUGAUCCCAACGUGGGUGUUGGUAGAUCUUUCUUCCUUCUUAGUAGAGAAUGACUUGAGCACGAUGUCUCAUUGGUCAUGGACCUUGAUGCUGCUUAUAAUCAGUGGAUUCUGUAAUUUUGCCCAGAAUGUCAUUGCCUUCAGUAUUCUUAAUCUGAUCAGCCCGCUAAGUUACUCUGUCGCAAACGCCACAAAAAGAAUCAUGGUCAUCACGGUGUCCCUUAUAAUGCUUCGCAAUCCGGUUACGAGCACCAAUGUCCUUGGAAUGAUGACAGCUAUCUUGGGGGUCUUCUUAUAUAACAAGACAAAAUAUGAUGCAAAUCAAGAAGCAAAGAAGCAGCUACUUCCCGUUACAACUGCAGACCUUGUGAAUUUGGACCAUCACCGAAACGCUCCUGAAAAGUCUCAGAAUGGACUUACGGCAUUUGCACAACAUGGAGACUAUCAGUACGGUCGAACCAGUAUCUUAACAGAUCACUUCCAGUAUAAUCGGCAAAACUACCCAACUACCUACAACUUAAAUCGUUUUGAUAUAUAGAAUCCUGGCAAACAGGUAUAGACUGUGAUAUCAAAGUGUCCCCAACAUUAUCAGAAACUUUUAGUACAUCCAUGAAUGUAAAGCCAUUUUAUUGUACAGUUUUUGUGGAAGGGAAGAUGCAUGUGUAGUGGAAGCGGUACAGACCUUCAACUUCUGCUAAGCAGACCUUUAAACAUGAAACCACUAGAUCUGACACUGGAACCAAAUGCACAGUGUAGCUCUUGUACAGAGAUUCUGGUGAAAUGCACGUACGUAACUUCAGAGUGAUCGUCACUGCUGUUACUGCUCCUUUUCAGAGUCCUGUCAACUGAUGAGUCUUUUGGCAGCUAAAUUCUGGCCAGUAUUUUGUUUCCAGGCUGGUGACACUACCUUUAAUUUGUUUUCUCAUGUUGUAACGAUCCUUGCUUUUAAUGAAACUUUCAGAAAGAAGUGAAACUUCUGGUUAUCAGGAUUUGUCUGUCUGAUAAUUUGACUUACACGCAUCAGUUGCAGAUAGGUAGACCUGAAUUCAUCUUGAGCACCAAUGAAACUUCAUGUGGGUAUUAACUGCUUUUGUGCCUAUGCCUUUAGUUUUUGGUGACAAAGCAGACAGGUUUCUGAAAGAGUAGACAGUAGGAAGAUUGAGCUCUGCAAGAAGCGUACUUGAGGCACAGAGAAACAGAAUUUCCUAAAAUCACUGUUGUCCCAGUCACUGUAGAUAACAAACAGAGCCAAAGAUCAUAAUUGUCUUCUGAAUAACGUAGUCCUCUAACUUCGGACAUUGCUCUUCCUUGGCAAUGCAGAAAGAACACACCUCCACAAAUAAAGUGUUUGGAAUAAGAUUUUUUUUUUUACUUGCUUCACACCUGUUCUUACAAAAGUCUUUUGUUACUUUCAAAAUUGAAAUGUUUAAGGUGUUUUCUUCUCAGUUCUGUGCAUAUAUUAUGCUUUCUUACAUGAAUCAUUUAUUAUGAACGCAUUAAUUUGAGUAGCCAUCAUUCUUCAUUGUUUCUUGUCUGUCUUUUUAGCCUCUAAUUGGUGUUUUAAGUUUCUUAAUUACUGCUGCUGGAGUUGCUGUGUGCAUUUAGCCCGAGUUCCACUUCCUGCCAAAGUUAAAUUGUGUAUCCUGCUCUGUUCCUGCAACUCCCCUAGCUUGAAUAGUAAAUUGUUAAGAAAAAAAUAUUUGAAUCAGCAGUAAAUAGAUAAUUGAUGAUUAAGAAGAACCGAUUCUGUUAGUAUAAACGAAUGUACUUAAUUCUAGACACAUUGAUUGUUGUGCAUCAGAUACCACAUCUGUGCAUGAAAGGAAUGAAACCAGUUGAACUUGGGUUUCACUGAGCCAGAUUUUUAUUUGGCAAAAGAAGAUUUUAGGGGCUUUCUUUCCUUAACAGAAAAGCUGUUGUACAGUGAGACUUCUGAUAGUGUAAGUAUUACAUUUUUACUAGAGAGGUAUUACACACCCAUGACAACAUUUAGGGUGUGGUACAGAACACUCCCUCCGCUUAUUUAUUGCUUUAAAAAUGACCAUUUCCAUGAUGUGAGGUGAUGAUUUGGCUCCUUUCCGGAUAAUAAAUAAUUUAUUUUCAAGUGCAAAGUCAACCUGAUCUUAAUCUUUUGGCUGACUGUGGAGGUAGUGAUGUAGACUGCCUUCCACCUUACGGUCCAAAAGAGGAAAUGGUCUUUCUGAAACUUCAGAGAUAGGUUUACGUUGCUAAUGCUUUAUGCUGCUAAUGUUUGUGAGCAGAACUUCCUUGACUUGCCUGGAAUUGAAUCUGUUAGUGCUAGCUUAGAACUUGGACUUUUAGUUUAGAAAUUCUACAUAAAGUAUUUCCUAACCCAGGUUAACAAGAACAAGGUAAUGAGGAAAAGCGUUCUUUCAGAUGAAAUGUCUUUUGCCCAUUCCAGUAUUAAUUUAUGUGUAAUUAUUUCUUUUUAAUAUGGGGAAUUGCAAAAUGUGUAUUUCUAAGUCUCACUUCCCACCAUGUAAGUGCUUUUACAUACAUGUAAAAAGGAUUGUGUGAACUCUGGAUUUGCAUUAGGUUCUGGCUCUGCAAAGGACUGAUUUGAGGAUGAGGUAUUUAGGCUAAUAUUUUUAAGUGGGGCUGAAGUUUGCCCAACUGCUUUCAGAGGGAGCUAGGUGCAAACGCUUCAUUGUGGUCUUUGUGCCAUUGAGAAAAUGGAAAUGGUUCUUCCUUACUUCUCAGGGGGGUGACAUACCAGAAAAAAGUAGCAGUGGGGGCCCCAGGGAUGUGCAGGUGUACUAGGAGUUCAUCUCCACAUCUUCUGUUAUGUCUGCUGCUGUACCAUCCCCAUACAACUUGAACCAUUACUUGUAAUAAAGCGCCUCAUACUUUAUUCACAGAUCAGAGGCUUUAUUAAAUAUAUUUAGAUUAUUUCAUUUUAGAGAACAUAACCAGAUCUUUUUUGCAACUGUUUUCAGAGAAAGUUUGCACUGCGCACUUGCUGUGGCAAGUCUUUAGCUCAGCUUCUUCUGUCAAGAGUACAGAAGCAGGUGAGAGUUUUCUGUUAAAAAUACCUUGUCCCAAAUUCUGGUCUGGGCUUGUGGCCUCGCUGUGUCUCUGAAACAAAACUACUGUAUUUGCAGAGCAAAAAGGGACUGACCCAAAACAAGGAUAUUGUCCAUUUAGAGCCUGGAGAGUGAAUCUUUUCCCUGGAGACUCCCUGGUAUGGUGUUUGUGCUCCUAUAGUUCAGGUCUGUGGUCAACAGGGAUCAUUUUGUCUGGUAGAACAUACAAUUAAAACGGUUAGGUGAACCAGUUACAAGAGGUGGUUUUGCUGAGUAUGUGAAUUCGAGUCCUUAAGCAAUAUUGCCCACAUUCAGGUAAAGGAAGUUUCUGAUACUGUUGUAAUAUAUAUUUUAAUCUUGGACUGCUGGCAAGAUCUUGUUUGGCAAGGUGAAGCAUUUGUUUUAACAUGGUUUGUAAAUUAAUGACGUAUUUAACUAUGUACAUAAGUUGUAGAAAGUAUGGAAACACUGGAAUAAAAAGGGCAUAUCUAGAAAA